GUCAUUUCCCAUUUCCUUCUCCUUCCGCUCGUCCUCGGUACGGCGUCCGAUACGUUUCCACAUCUCCGAUCUCCGAUCUCUCCGUCGUGUCGAUUGCUCGACUUCGGAUCUCGAGUCUGGAUCCCUCGUUCCCCGGCGAGGCGAGGAUCGCUCUCAGUCGAUCCGAAUCGGCGCCAAUCGGUUCAUUGCGCUUCGUAGAUCUCCUUCGCCUCUUAUUGGGCCGAGAAUUCAGUAGGUUGGAUUCUGCUCGCCGAUUCAGGUCGGAACUGCCCCUUACGCUGGUGCGAUUUGCAUAAAGUUUCUAUCUUUGGAGUGUUUUUGUCUUUGGGUGGAUUGCGUGACUGGUUUGGGGUUGCCAUGGUGGACUGCCGGGGUUUGAUCGAGUUCUGCAGGGCCUUCGAGCAACAUCAAAACAUGGCCAACUCCCAGGCCUCGUCGGCGCAACGGAACGGCAAUUCGAGGAGAAAGAGCAAAUCUCUGAACCCCCUUUCCCAUCCCUUCUGCGAGCACUCCGAAUUCGCCGCCAUCGACUUCGUGCUGCUGGUUUUGGUCCUUAUCGCCCUCGUCGUCCUUGCCGUUCCCUACUUCAAGUUCAUCUUCAGAGAGUCGUACGAGCUCCUGCCCGUGGCGAUCGAAGUCAUCAGCGAGGUUAUGUAUCAGGCCUCAAUCGCUUAUGCCGUGGGCCUUAUCUUCAUAUUUGCCACCGCGGUUGUUGCCUGGGAAUUAUUGAGUUACCAGGCCAGAAAGUGUGGCAAUCCCUACUGCAAAGGUCUGCGGAAAGCAGUGGAAUUUGAUAUCCAGCUUGAGUCAGAGGAGUGCGUGAAAUACUUGCCGCGAUUCCCCAAGGAUGCUUUUGGAACACGCUCCGUGGACUUGGGACAAGAUCACAAGGAACUUGAAGCUGAGCUGAAGAAGAUGGCACCUUUAAAUGGGCGCACUGUUCUCACCUUUCGCUCCCCCUGUGGAUGCCCCUUGGGAAGAAUGGAGGUUUGGGGGGCGAAGAGAGCAAGAAGGAUCAAAAAGUAGGCAAUAAUAGAUGAUACAUUAUCUAUUACUAGAUACUUUUUCUUCUGUUUUUCCCACAGCAAGAAUAAAAUAAAAGACUUACUAUGGCAUCUCAGGAUCAUACCAAUUGUUCUCCAUUCUAGAUAUGAUUAUUAGUACGACCGGUUGCUUUCCACAUGUCAUGAACAAUCAGGUCUGAUCCUUUAUGCUAUUCAUAAAUCUUCAAUAAAACGUUAUGAUUACUGAA